UUUUAUCUGGCAAGGUCAGUGCUAAUUGUUUAUAGUGUUUUGAUUAUCUGAAGGGUGGUCAUAAAAUCCAGCUGAUAUUGACUGAAACUAAUGCCAUUGUGCAUAUAUUGACCAGCUUCUAUGGGAGUGCAGUGAUGAAUAUUAUCACCCCAGACACAGCAUAUUGUCUGUACCCAAAGAGGACACUUCUCCAAAGGCAGAUGCAGAUUAUAGCACGCGUCAAUCUAACUCCAUCAGAACAGAUUGCUGUGCAAAAAUAUGAAGCGCGUGGUUGGAAAAGGGUCAUGUGGUCUGAUCGGCAGAGAGACGCUGAGUUGGUAAAUAUCAGGUAUGUUGGCGACCAAUUUACCUGGACGGUCAGUCUUCCGGGACUCGAUGGUGAUGGUUCAAAGAAAACGCGAUGCAAAGAGGAAACAAAGAUUGGCUUUGUCGCUGAGUUUGAUAGAGUUUUUCUACUGUAAUCAUGAACAACAAUUGAUAUCUUCUUUGUCCAUCUCAACGGGAUUAAAUUA